AUGGCCGAUAACGCUCCCCACCCGCCUCCGCGGGGAGGGGACCCGACCCCGGCCGCCGCUAAUGAGCGGCUGUGGCCGCGGCUAAUUAAAGAGGGGGCGGGGCCGCGGCUAACGAGCGCCCGGCAGCAGCCCCGUACCCGCAGCCCCGGCGCCCCGCAUCCUACCCCGCCCCACGGCGCCCCGCAUCCUGCCCCCCUGCACGGAAGCCUCCCCUCCAGAAGGCGGCAGCAGCCCCGUACCCGCAGCCCCGGCGCCCCGCAUCCUACCCCGCCCCCCGGCGCCCCGCAUCCUGCCCCCCUGCACGGAAGGCACAGUGUCACAUCCCCUCGGGACUCUGCCAGCACCCCCGGCUCCCUGGCACCCAAAAACCAGGGACCCUGCGCCUACGGGCCGCCUCCGCGGGGAGGGGACCCGACCCCGGCCGCCGCUAAUGAGCGGCUGUGGCCGCGGCUAAUUAAAGAGGGGGCGGGGCCGCGGCUAACGAGCGCCCGGCAGCAGCCCCGUACCCGCAGCCCCGGCGCCCCGCAUCCUACCCCGCCCCACGGCGCCCCGCAUCCUGCCCCCCUGCACGGAAGGCACAGUGUCACAUCCCCUCGGGACUCUGCCAGCACCCCCGGCUCCCUGGCACCCAAAAACCAGGGACCCUGCGCCUACGGGCCCCAUGGCACCCCUUCAACAACUCCCUCUCUCCAAAUCCUCCGCAGCCUCCCCUCCAGAAGACAGUGCUGCCCCACUCCACCAGUGGCCCCGAGUGGGGACCAGGGAAUGGGGCUGCUGCCAGGAGCAGGAAUGGUGGCGGGGUAA